UAUAAGCAUUCACCUUGGAAAGAUAUUUUAAAAGAAAGCUUAGAAUCUCUAACAAAGAUUUCAGCGGUCUUUAUAAUACAGAAAGGAAAAUGAAAAAAGGGACGAAGUGCAUAGCGCGGGCCAUCAACCUAUCAGUACCAAGCAAGCCAAAAGAAGUACAGAAACUUGUCAGUGCAGAUAUAGCGGAACCGUGUCCCAAUUUGAGCCAAGGAAGUUCAUCUUAUUGGACGCCGAAGCCGGUUCACGUUAAAAUUUGUACACGAAGGGAUAUGGAAAGAAUUUGUCCACCGAAGAUAUGCGUGUGUCCAUUGAAGCCAGCGCGAAGAACGAGUGCUCAGAUAUUUUUCAUAAUAGUAAUUUUUCUAUUGAAAAGUGCUAUCGUAGGCACUCUUUUAUACUGGAUGUACACCGAUGGUAACUUGCCAUUUUUCCCAGACAUCGACAAAAUCAAUAUACCGCCCCUUGAGAAUACGAGGUACUCAUUGAUUCAAAAAUAUAAUCGUGCAGUUUUUAAGAUCAUGAAUAUUCUUGUUAAUUUACCGCAAAAAGUUUGUGAAAAGCUUUCGAGUAUUGUAUUUAAGCAUGAAAAGACAAAUGAAAAAACUACCGAGGAUGAUAAUACCAAUGAACGUGGAUAAUAUAGAGAAAUCUUAAAAGAACGAUCGAUGAUAGAAUGAUUAAAUAUCAUAUAUUUAUAAAAUAUUAAACUUUGAAAUUUAAAACGAUAAUGGUCGAGGUAUUCAUUUUAUCAUAGUUUUUCGUCUAUCGUGAACUUUUGUCCUUAUAUUUUGUCUGUGAAUUGGACUUCAAUGUCGAUUUAUCGAUGUUCAUAUUUCUGGAAAUACCCGAAGAAAUCAAGUUUUGUAAAAUAAAUAUAAGGGUUUCCAAUGAAUUUGCAAUGAUUUUCUGCAAUAUUUAUGUACCUUUAUUGAUUAUAAAAUAUAUUUUUGUUAAUUACAUGAGAUAUGAUAUUUGUAGUGCCUUUUUCCAUCAAUGAAAAUUUAAAUGUCGUAUUAGUAAAUUUAAAAACACGGUUUACGAUACCACAACAAGGAACAAAAGAAUUGUUUGUUUUUGUCGCCUGUUCUACAGAUUUUUAAGACCUUUGGUUAGUACACGCUAGGGACGUUCCUGAGAUGUUUCUUUCAUUCGCAUAUAGAGAGAUACACACUCGAGAGAGUAUGUAGAGUAUAAGCCGGGAUUAAAAUUCCGUGCAUGAUUCUUUCAUUUUUUCCGGUGUACCUGAAGGGCACACAAGGGAUUUUACACAGAGCUUGCAUAUCAAGCGAUUUUUAUGAUACACAUUUCUAUAACCGUGAAAAUGUACUUUUUCCUUUUAUUUUUCUUUCUUUUUAUUUUUUCUUUCCUUCCUUCCUUCCUAUCGAGAAGAAAACUAAGAUGUUUUUUUUUUUUUUUACGUAUCGUAAAUAGAUGUCUUCUUUUACAAUAGGUAACAAUUUAGUUUAUCGGUCGUUCACAUUGUAACGACGAUCGAAUUGUUUGUGUUCGAACAAAAUGCAAUUGAAUACUUGAAUAGAUCGAAAUUUUACACGAUGAAAAGAUACGUGAGAGACAAAGAGGUGUAAUACUGAAAUAAGGCGAAUUCCAAUUUUCGUUUCAUUACGAGCGAAUAGCCGCCACCUGUUUCUUCCGACGACAGGUCAUUAUCAGGUGUGUAACUUUUAGGUGUUUAAUGGUGUACGCUCUUGUUUCCAAAGGAUGAUAAAACUUCAUUAAUGACGAUUGAACGGGGAAAUUCUAUGAUCAAUUUUGUUACAACCAUUUUUACGACUAUUACGUUUCAUCUUCAACAGUCGCGAUACAAUGAUAUAUUGUAUAAAUAUAAAAAGUAUUAAAAUGAUCGAACGUAAAGUUUCAUUCAAAUAUAUGUCGCAAUAAAGUGAGAAAUAAUGUCUUUUUUCAUUACGAAAGGAAGUAAUUUCAAAGCUAAACAAUGUAGAAAGGACAUUAGGAGAAUGGAAUUGAUGGUUAUUUAAAUUGUACAAACACUUUUAGGCAGUUUGGACAGUUAAACAGUUUAUUCAGAUCGAAAUUUUAUGUAAUAUAUAUACAUACGAGUUAGUUGACGAUAUGAUGGAGUUUUGAUAUGAAAUCACCUAUACAGUGAACUUAAAACGUGGUUGUUCGUCGAUUUACAUGGACUUUUUUCCUCACAAGAGUAUUGAAUUAUGUACAAUUAUUAUUCCCUACUAUCAUCAAUCAUUCAAUUAUAUUUUCAUUUUUGAAUUUGAUCUCAUAUCGUGAUCGGUUAAAAUGCAUUUGCCGAUCAAGAAAAGGUAGUCACGGUGAAAGAGAAUUAUAGCCUUAAAAUUGCAAAUAUUUUAGAACCUUUAUAUUUUGAUUUCGCAGUGAAAAUUGUAGGAAUAUUAUAUCCAAUCGAUAUAGGUUUACGAAAUUUCGGUCGUGUUGUAUAAUAAAGGAUAUGUUAAUUAUAAAUCUCCGCGUCGAUUUUUUUUUUUUUUUACAUAAUAAAUUUUUAUGGACGACGAUCGACGAGAAUCAGAUAUGUAUAGUCAAAUGUUCAUAAUGAUAUGAAUCGAUAAUCGUUUACAAGAUGUUGAUAUUGUUUUCGACUAAUACCACCCGAGUUUUAUUGUCCACUUUGAAAGGAAAUUUGUGACCGUAGUUGUAUGCUAAAACAAGGCCAAAAUUUAUCUAAUGCUGGGAAAGUGAUUCGUAGUUUCUGUAUCGCCAAAGUUUACAGACGCAAGAUGGAUAGUUGUACGUAUAGUAAAUAUAUACGUGUAAUUCUCUUUGUCUAUGAAAUUGUUGGCCAACUACUUAUUUGAUAAGAACUUGCUUAAAUUAUAGCCGAUGCUUAUGGAGGUACAACGAUGUUCGACACGAUCACUUUCGAACUUAAAUUUACAGUACGUAAAUCGAUUUAACGGUAAUAUAUACAGCGACACAACAUCAGCUAACGAGUAACGAUCAUACGAUUUUUACUUUUGUUUUAUACAUAGAAACAGACACUCGAAAUUCCGCCCAACGCACUUAUAAUUUCUUCUCGUUGUUAUCAUUCUCACGAGAAAUCAAUAUCUUCUAUUUUCUAUUCUUUCUAUCUCUCUCUCUCUCUCUCUCUCUCUCUCUCUCUCUCUCUCAAUCUUCCAAUAAAUUAUUUUUACACAUUAAGAUUUAUAAUCACUUUGAGCGAGAGUCUUAGACAGAUUAAAUUCAUGUCACUUCAUUCGCCUACGAUUAUAUUUCGUCAUAUUUUCAUUCGCUUACUGCUGCCAAGAAUCUUCCAUGGUUCCGUCGCAAAAUAUCACGUGGAAGCCCGAUAUUUGUGACCUUAUAAAUUGAAUUUUUCACUUGAGGAUAAAUGCCCUUCCGAGCCUUCUUCUUCUUUUCCUUAAAUCAUUUUUCUGCUAUUCGUUUAUGCAGAUAUAUGAAUCUUAAAUGUAUAUUUUCAUGUUGCUUUCUAAGAAAAUUAAAUAAAUUCAUCGAGGCAAUUAGAUAUGGGAUACAAAAUUCACAAACGAUUAUGGAUUGGUUAAAAUGAUCGCCCUACCUAUGUAUCUAUGUUAUUAUAUGUACACGAGGAAUAAUCAGACUAUUAAAAUUUCGUCCAAUCAUCGUGCGUAAGAGCUUUUUUAUAAUAGAAAUUAAAAUGCGGUUUGUCUGAUGAGGUAGGAGACGCAUGUAUAUUUGUAUGUAUGUACGUUUAUAUGUAUUUUUUGGAUGAAAAGAUCAUCGAUCGCGAUACAAAACAUGAUAGUAGUAGAAAAAACUCACGCGCAUAUAAUUUAGGUAUAUAUCACAGCUACAAUGUGAUCAAAGUGCGUGUACAUACCAUGCGCUUUACGUGGGUAAAGGUCACUCGACGAUAGUAACGAAAUUUUUUUAAUAAGUAACAAUCUUUUUAUCUGUUAGCAUUUACUCACGCUUCUUCCUUUUUCUCCUUUUUCUUUUUUUUUUCCUUUUUCUUUUUUUUUUCUUUUUUUUUUUUUUUUAAAUUAUUAUUGAUCUGUGAUAUAGUAUGAUAUAUAAGUUAUUUUCUGUCUUUUGGCUAUCGAAUUAUUCACUUUUUUUUUUUUAAGUCGAUGGUAUUUUCACACUUAGAAACAUUUACUUUUUACAUUGAUAAAAAUACGAAGACCUUUCCGUGUCUAACCCGUCAAGCGCACUGGAAAUAAUUUUCGAUGCUUUGGGAAGAGCACGUUACACCAAUCUUAUUCGUAAACUUUCUAUCUCCCUCGGGUACAUACUUUAUUGUCGGAUAGAGCGUUCUAACACCAUUUGUUUCAUUGCUUUUCUGGGUAUAUGAGAGAUCUAAUUUACCAAAAAAAUUUCUAACGAUGCACUGCCCCGUAUGAUUUAUCGUUCUCACGGCUUUUUCUUUUUUUUUUCUUUUCUUUUUCUCUUAUUCGAACGCAAUCUUCGCUAAUUUCUCUGAUCGUAUCAUUGAUGUUUUAAAUAUCGUUUCCUAUUUUCUUUAAUGAAAACAAUCGUUUGAAAUAGCAGAGAGAAGCACUUUAAUUUAUUAUUAAAAAGAUGCGGAGACUCUCGAUCGAACGAUUUUUUCUUUUUUUCUCUUUUUUUUUUCUUUUUUCUUUUUUUCUUUCUCUCUUUCUUUCGUUUCUCUUUCUGUUUAAAUAUCAAUGGGAGUUCACGAAUUAAAAACCAGAGAGGGAUACAACGACGACGAAAAGAAUUUUUCAAGGAUGUUAAUUUCGGAAUAAAAAAAAAAAAAGAAAAAAAAAAAAGAAAAAAGAAAAAAAGAAAGAAUCC